UCUUCGUUUGUAAGCUGUGCGAGUGUGUGUGUGAGUGUGUGUGUGUGCGCGUGUGUGAUGGCUGCGAUGUUCAGGUUCCGUCCGACGGAAGUGGAAAUCAUCGACAUCUGCUUGAGGUUAAAGAUCACUGGGAAUGAUAGAGAACUUCGCUUUAUUCCCGUAGUUGAUUUCUUCAAACAGGAGCCAUGGGAAUUGCCAGGUUUAUCCGGCAUAGAGACAACGGAUCAAGAGCGGUUCUGCUUCUCGCCGCCGGACAUGAAGCAGCCGAAUGGGAAACAGUUUAACAGGACGACCAAAUCUGGGUUCUGGAAAGUGACCGGAAAGGAUAAAGAAAUCUGGUCCAGAGGCAGAUUGAUCGGAAAGAAAAAGAUACUGGUAUUCCAUUUGGGGAGUAGUGCAAACAGCAAGAAAACUGACUGGGUAAUGCAUGAGCACCACACAACCCUGGAGGAGCUUGAUGGCACAAAAUCACCCGGUCAGAAACCUUAUGUCUUCUGUCGUUUAUUCUAUAAACCAAAGGAAAACUCUGGCAAAGCUGAAGAUCAUCCGAUUUCAAGUAAUGAAUGUCUUCAUCCUGAAAAUUCUGAUGGAAUGGCAUGUGACACUACUAUAGCAACUGGAACUGCCAAGUCGGCUUUAGAAUCUCCAGACAAGGGUUGCAAAGGUCGAAAGCGAAAGUACACUAGCAAAGCUGGACCGGCCAAGUCUAAACGAAGUGCGGCUUCAGCUUCUCCAGCACUGGAACUGCAACCUAUUGAUCAUACACCAACUGAAGAAUUUCCUCUUUCUGAAAUUUCUGACACUAUACCAAGUGUUGAGUACAGUGCAGACAGCAAUUCUUCUGCAGAAAAUCAACCCAAUUCAUUUCCUAACACAGCCAAAUGUUCCCCUGAAGAAGCAGGGUCUGAUCUAACCCAGGCUUCAGUAUCUCCAGCAUCAGUGCGAGCUGGAGAUUAUCCAACAUUAAUUGAUGGAACCACAUCUGACACUAGAACACCUGUUGAGUGUGGUGGCUACAAUUUUAAUGCUUCCUCUGCGGAGAAUCAAGUGACAGAUGAGGAAGAACUAAAGAUGCUCUUAGACAUGCUGCAAGAUCCACCAGAUUGGAACCCUUCACUCCCCAAUACACCUACCUUUUCAUCUCCUCCCACAGCUAAAUCUUCUCUUGAAAAAGCAGAGUCUGAGCUAGCACUGGCUUCAGUAUCUCCAGCAUUAGAAGAGGAAGCUGAUAAUCAUCUCACAGGAUGUUGUUUUGAUGGAAUGACAUCAAACACUGCAACACCCACAAAGUGUAACCACAAUACUUGUAGUGCGUACACUGCAAUAAAUCAAGGGGCCGAAGCAACUGCCGGUGAUCAGGUAGGAGACUCAAAAAGUGUUGCUCUCCCCAUUACAUUCACAGAUGCAAUGGGGCUAGAUUGGGGCUCGCUCUUGCGCUCGCUUUACCCAAUACACUCGCAGAAGCAAAAAGUGUCUGGCGACCUUGUCGACGAUGUACCAAACUACCAUCAUGAUGGGGUGCCUUUGCAAAAUGGCACAAAUGAUCCAAUCGCCUAUAUUUCUAAGUUAUUGGAUCUAACGCCUAGUGAUCCUGAUGAAUCCCUUCCUAAUGAUCCUAGCAGUCAAAAGGCUAUCACUUUUGACCCAAGACCACGGUUCAUGGAAUCUGAUAUGGACGACGGAUCACACAGUGCACCAAAUGCAAAAAAGCUCAAUGCACUGUUUGAUUCAACGGUUCAAGAUUCUAUGAGGUCUGUAGAGAUCAAUACAGAAGCUGUUUCAUCAGGGUCCUAUAUUGAUGGAGGUACUUCUUCAAUCAGAUCUAGCUACGAAUUUGGUUACUAGCGACCAAACUAUCAGCGACGUCGCUGAUAGUUGUCGUUAAUGCCAGCUACGGCAUUAAUGUCGUUGCUGAUGUUAUAUAUAUAUAUAUAUACGUACCUGCGACUACAAACAGUCAGUGACAACUACUAUUUGUCGUCGAAAAAAAAAAAAUUAAAACUCACAUCAAUACCGACAACUAUACUGUCGAUGAGUCGCGGAAGUGUUAAGAAAACCAAGAAAUCCAUUUACGUGGAAAUCGAUACAUUAUCCCACUUGUAUGCCAAUUGAUGCCAAGUGAUGCCAACAGUAGUUGAUGAUCCCACUUGUAUGCCAAGUGAUGCCAACAGUAGUUGAUGACCACAUGUAUGCCAAGUGAUGCCAACAGAAGUUGAUGUUUGGCCUAUGGCCACUUUACUUUUUCUCAAGUAUGAUUAGUUAGUUUAUUGGUAUCUUCUACCUACGGCAGUGCGGUAGUGUUUGAAUAGCCGUGACUUGGAGAUUAUCACGCUUCGUAGAAUUUGAAGUGUGUAUGUUAAUUUGUAUUUCAAGUUUGUUUCAAUUUUCCAGUAUGUAAUUAAUGAAGAACUCAAGUUUCC